AUGUUCUUCAAGGUUCUUUGCGUGCUAUCUAUAGCUGUCGCGGUGGUCUCCGCUCAUGGCACAUCAUCUCAAUAUGUCCACAAACAUGAUGGCCACCAUGAACCUGUAUCCCAUGGACAUGAUCACCAUGACUACUACACUCACCCUAAGUUCGAGUUUAAGUACAAAGUGGACGACGAUCACACGGGCGACCACAAGUCGCAGCACGAGCACCGCGACGGUGACGUCGUCAAGGGCCACUAUUCGCUGCACGAACCUGACGGCUCCGUCAGGGACGUGCACUACCACGGCGACCACCACAGCGGCUUCCACGCGGACGUGAAACACAGCACUCACCACAUCGAGCCUCAUCACCACCACUAA